AUGUCGGAUUUUACUCUGAUGAAGCGUUCUGAUGAAAGCAGUCUUCUGGUGCCCCUCCUGCUCUCCGAGGCGAAUGGGUUAAGCUUUAGCUCGGCCUCCCUUUUCCUACUUAGUUCUUCCUGGCUGCUUUCCACUGCCAAAAAGGAAGCAAUUCUAUCAGUUCUGCUCAGUGCUAACGCUGCUGUUUCAUCCAGUAGCUUUAGUGCCACCAGAAGACACUACCUGGGUGCAGUGGAACUGUCUUGGGACUAUUUGCACAGUGACCUGCUCAGUGAGCUGCAUGUGGACACAAGAUUUCCUCCUAGAAUGACAACACCUUUUGCAUUCAACACCUCAGUCAUGUACAAAAAGACUGUGUUUGUAGAGUUCAUGGAUCACCUUUUCGACAUUGCCAAGCCCAGGCCACCCUGGAUGGGUCUGCUGGGUCCUACCAUCCGGGCUGAGGUUUAUGAUACGGUGGUCAUUACACUUAAGAACAUGGCUUCUCAUCCUGUCAGUCUUCAUGCUGUUGGCAUAUCCUACUGGAAAGCUUCUGAGGGAGUUGAAUAUGAUGAUCAGACCAGCCAGAAGGAGAAAGAAGAUGAUAAAGUCUUUCCUGGUGAGAGCCAUACCUAUGUCUGGCAGGUCCUGAAAGAGAAUGGUCCGAUGGCCUCUGACCCACCGUGUCUCACCUACUCAUAUCUUUCUCAUGUGGACCUGGUGAAAGACCUGAAUUCAGGCCUCAUGGGAGCCCUGCUGAUAUGUAGAGAAGGUAAGUGUAAGAAAGC